AUGCUAUCUGGGAUCAGAGUCUGUCGGCCUUUGCUCCUAAUUGCCCAGGGUCAACAGUUUUCUAUGAACCGAGGGCUGGCAGAAUCUGCUUCGAAGCUAUCCUUUCAGUUGUGGGGCAGAGAGGCGGCAGCCCCUGUGUUCGCAACAAGUCUUGCCUUCGGACUCGGCGCCAUAGUCGGGCCACAGAUAAUUGAGCCAUUCCUAGGAACACAUUCACACGUGUUGGAACCUCAAAACAACAAUGUAACUUCUACUUCGCUCUCACUGGCCAACAAUAGCUCAUUGACCCAUGAAUCAGGUGCAACGGCGUACAAAUUCGCAGGCGAAUCACUGUAUGCUUAUAACCAGACGAACUCAAAUACAUUUUUAAAUGUCAGUGGAUCUUACCUGGUGAAGAGAAUCAUUCCAAACAAUGAUUCCCAGAUCGAAUACGCAUACACUAUUGGCGGCAUCAUGUCCGUUCUUGCCGCCAUAGCCUUCCUCGUUCUUCAGUAUGUGUCGAACAGGUGCAAAUGGAACGUAUAUGGCGACCACACGGCAAUACCGGCAGAGCCAACGGACAAGAAACCGACAGACUCCGGUUCCGCGCUCCAAUCUGGCAAGUGCGCGAAAGGGGACACGGUGUUCGGAGUCCAGCUCCUGGGGCUCAUGUUGUUCUUCUACAUCCACAUCGUCGGGGGUGAGUGGGCGCUGGAUAAGUUCAUGUUUGCCUACAUCACGGAGGGCCCCCUGCACAGAGAACCCUUCGAGGCUUCCCUGAUGGUGUCGAUAUUUUGGGGGUGUUACACGGGGGGGCGGGGCAUCAGUGCAUUAAUAUCGAAAUGGGUGAAGCCUUCCUUUAUCCUGGGAACAGUGGUCCUCGGGCAGCUAUUGGCGGGGAUUCUUCUGUGCACUGAGGCCGGGAAUAACGUCAGUGUCUUCUGGUUCGUAAAUUGCCUGUACGGACUGGCAAUAGGGCCCGUCUAUCCGGGUGCCUUGGUGUGGGUGAACCGCUACAUCCAGGUCUCCGGGAUGGUGCUUGCCGUGGUGCUUAUAGGGGGGUCUGCGGGAGGGUUCAUUUAUCAGUGGAUAGUGGGAAUAGUGUUCCAGCUGUACGGCCUCGACAGUCUCGGCUACGUUAUGUUGGUGGAAGGGAUAUGCAUCACUACCACCUUUGUACUGCUGGAGAUAACGGGCAGGCGGCAUGGGACGCGCUUCAAAAAGACUCCAGGAAACAAUAACGACCAUGGUCGCAAGGGUGACGACCCAGAGGACGUCCACGUCUCCAUGUUAAUGCUUUCUCAGGUGUAGGACCUUAAGAUCGCUUUUGUAUUGUAUUUUUAUAUCAUAUACUCGUAUUACCUCACG